AUGAGCACCCCCAAUCCCUCAACCCUACACAAACAACUCCUCCACUCCCUCUCCACCUCGCACCUCCCCCUCCCCAGCCCCACCUUCCUAAACGCCAUCCUCACCCCCUCCACCACGCACCUCUCCUCUCUCCCCUCCCUCCCCUCCCUCCUCGCCACAACCCGCCACCGUCUCCUCUCCACUUCCCUCACAACCCCCAACCUCCUCUCCCCAGAAACCCCCUCCCUCCCCCCCUCCCUCUCAAACCCCCUCGUCAAAGAAACCCUCCUCGAAACCGACAUCCCCGUCCAAGUCCUCGACAUCCAAGACAUCAGCCGCUCCCAAAGCGAUCUCCUCCUCGAUCUCGAGGCCGAGCGCCUAGGCGAGCGCACCCAAGGCCGUUCCAUCAUCCGCGUCGCAGACGAAUCCUCCUCCUCCUCCUCUUCCUCCCCCCUCGAUCUCGGAUCCUCAGCCUCAACACAAAUACUCCCCAACCACCCACCCCAAAAUAAAUCAACCCCAUCCCACUCCCCCGGUCCUUUCAAACUCCACCUCCAAGACCGCACCGGCGCAACCAUCUACGCAUUUACGACUUCUCUCCCCGCGUCUUCUCCUCUGCAGGGAAAAAUUGGGUUUCCCCCGAAAAUGAAUAUCGGCUGUAAGAUACUUUUGCAGCGGGGAACGCGGGUGCAUAGGGGAUGGUGA